AAGUCUGCAGAUGUCAAACGAACAUCAUACACUUUCAAUUGAAAUUCCCCGAACAACAAUUAGGAUAUUUUUUGAGGUGAUACAGGUAGGAGAGAGAUGGAGUGAAAUUAUGAAAUUUAAAUUAUAAUUGUAAUUUAAUUCAGCUCUAGUGUGAAUGCCGCUUAAUUCUCGGCAAUGUCGCUCUCUCAUGCGCGGAGAUUGAAGCUGCUGCAGGCGUUUUGUGUUCGAAAUGUUGAUGGAAGAUCAUGCGGUACUGGCUUGAUUUACGUGAUUGAUUUAUCGUGUGCAUGAAAUUCGGAUCUGCUCCUUCUGGCUAUAGUUUAUGAAAAAGCGAGAUUUGUAAUCGAUAUGUUGUCCCAUAAUUUUUGUGUGAUUUAGGAUUAGUCACUGCCGUUGUACUUUUAGGAUAAAUUUGGAUGUGGAGGAUUCAUUUUAUUAUUUGGGCUAAAAAUUUUUUAGAUUUGAUUCGGAUCUUGUAAUUAGGUUGUAAUAUAACAGUUUGUUCAUUUUAAUUUUCUGUCAGAACUACAGGGAGUUAAGUGUUUGAUAUGUUGGAUCAAGUUGAUAUGAGGAGGAUUUGCUUUUGUGUUAGAGAGGAUAAUAGCAGCUCAAGGAGCUAAGGCACUGCUCAUAUGCAGCCGAAUAGGCAGAGGAAGUCACCUGAUGCUGCCAUGAGCAGCGAGGUGCCUAGGAUCCAGCAAGAAGCAGCGUCUUUACUACCAAAUGCAGGAAUAAUCAUGAAUAAAAAUGUCUCUGUACAGACAGGGGAGGAAUUCUCCAUGGAGUUUCUUCAGGACUGUGUUGCGGGAACAAGGAUUCAACCUGCACCCAUUAUAGGUCAGAAUAAUGAACUGAGAAUUGGAGUAAACUAUAAUCAGAAUCACCCACAAGGGUAUGAGGAUCUUGCUCAAAUUCUUGGGUUGACCAGAGUGGAUUCCAAGUGUGCUUCAGAUGUUUCUGUUUUGUAUGCAAAAGGGCCUGCAAAAGUGAUCGAGAAUAGGGUUCACAGUGAUAAAUUAAACAAACACCACAAGGAAGACUGCGAUAAUGGGAAUGGAGCCAGAAGAGCUUUUGGUGAAUUAAACGGUAAUCAAGCGGCUGGUGCUGGACCAAUUUCUGUGCCCACUUUUGUGUUAGAGUCUUCUCGUGGCAACAAAUUUAAUGGGCCAGGAGUUCCGAAUGAAUCUCCAGCUGGGAAGAUAAAAGUUCUCUGCAGCUUUGGUGGAAAAAUAUUGCCUAGGCCCAGUGAUGGCAAACUCAGAUAUGUGGGAGGAGAGACAAAGAUUAUUUCCCUUAAGACAAAUCUUUCUUGGGAAGAACUUGUGAAAAAAACUUUGGGUAUUUGCAACCAACCUCACUCUAUAAAGUACCAGCUCCCAGGUGAGGAUCUUGAUGCCCUUAUAUCUGUUUCUUCAGAUGAGGACCUUCAGAAUAUGAUAGAGGAAUAUUGUGGGAUUGAAACACUCGAAGGUUCUCAAAGACUUCGGUUAUUUUUGAUUCCCUUGAGUGAAUCUGAAAAAUCAUCAGCUCUUGAAGCAAGUACUAUUCUGCAGAACAGUUCUGACUACCAAUAUGUUGUUGCUGUGAAUGGCAUACUGGAACCCAGUACUAGCAAAAAUUCUGGUGGGCAGAAUCUAGCAAAUGAGGCAAGUCAACUGGGAAUUGUUUUGGAAAACAAUCCAAGCUUCCACAAACAUUCUCCAGCUGACCCCUUAUUUUUGGAAAUUAAUGGUGGUAUUGGUGCCUCAUAUCCGACUCAAUUCAUUAAUGAACCGUAUAAUACAACCCAACCUCCCAAUCAAUCACCUAUCAUCUCUCAAGUUCCUAUGCCAGGUGGAGAUCCCAAGAGUGUUCCUAUUCAAUUGCAAGGCAAUAACUCUAGUGUUGAUAGUAGUAGUUCCUUCAUUACUGCCCAAUUUCAACCUGAGGACAUGACCACUGACACUGGCGAUGGUAGACAUCCUCCACUUGAGCCAACUACUUUGGCAAGCUAUCAUCAGUCCCACAAACAGAUGGAUGCCAACCAACCAAAUCAAAUCCAUGGAGUACAAGUUCCAAUCCACAAUGCCAGAAAAGAAAUUGCAAAUCCUUCAAGUUUUGAUAAAAAUGAUAGUGAUCUCAAUGGUUUCUCUUAUGAGAAGCCUAUGCCUAAAGAAAGAACAUUUCACUCAGAAAAGCUUGUCUCUUGCCUUGGUGAUCCUAUGGGUUUGUCAUCAGAAUCUGUUGUCUCUACUGAUCCUUGUCAAGGUAUGUCACAUGCAUAUUCUGAUUCAAAGCUGAAUGAGUGUGGAGGGGGGUCUGCUUACUGUUCACUGGAAGGUAUGAGUCCAUCAUCCCCCUUGAACUUACCAAAGAUACGAAGGCCUUCACUGCCAGUUUCCAAUGUCUUGCAAGAAAAACCAAUGCAAUAUGAGAAUAUUGAUAUUUUCCAUCCAAAAGUACAAAAUAAUAUACUUGAUAUUGGGUCUUCUGGAUCACAGAUGAAUAUGCAGCAGUGUUUCCCUUUAGAAUCAACCUACUGGAAGAAACCUAUUUCUAAGCUUACCAAUGACAUGAGAGACAGGCCAAAAGCAACUAAUGAUUUCAUGAACAAUGAUUUCAUGAAAUCAAACCAUUUUGAUGAAGAUUCAACUCUGGAAACAAUGAAAAUGGUAGAUGAAAGAGAUCUAUUUUUGCAUCAAGAUGGAAACUUUUUCAAGGGAGGACCACCUGCUAACAGUUUGGAGGACAUGAACAGUUUUCAUAAUGACAAUUGCUGCCAAACUAAUGCAUCUGGUGUUGAUACAUUUUUGAGGGAAAUGCAAUUCUCUGAGGGUAUGCUUCCUACAUCCUUGGCAAUUGAUGCCAAUCCCUUUGUAAAUAUUAUGAGGGAGCAGCUCACAAACUUUGAACUUGGCAGUACUCUGUCUGAUCACAUUGUUGUGGACCAAAGUGCAAGCAAUCAGCAUUGUGAUUUGACUAGUGUGUUGAUGGGAGGACAAGGAAGUAAUGCUCCAUGUACUGAGAACGCUGAAAUUGAAGGCUUAUUUACAAAAAUUCAACUGGCCUCUUCCGAGGGAGGUCCUCUAGCUGUUCCUCUGUCUGAAACAUCCAAUUGUCUAGUUUUCAGUGAACAAAGACAACUGCAACCUGCUUUGUUACAAAAUUGUACUGGUUGUGGAGAACUUAAUCUAAAAGUUUCUGCAGAUUUAUCCGCAUCUCCGGUUCACUAUGAUGCUGCUUCAAGCUCACUCGUGCAUAACGGUGACUUCCACACAGCAUUGCAAAAGCCAACCAUAGAUGUUUCUUUGGAGAGAGAGAUUUCUCCCCUUGAUGGAGAUUUUAAAUACUACCCAGCUCAGGAGGUUGAGAAGUUUGGAUUUGAAGAAUAUGUUUCCAAGAUGCCGCAAGUAGCAGAUGUUAGAUUGGUCCAAACAAACCUGGCAAUUGGCAAUGACAAUCGAAAGCAGUUGGAGUCAGUGGUUAUUGUGGAAGAUGGGUAUGAUAGUGUGCUCUCUUCUUUUCAAUCUUCACCUGCAGCUGUCCCACAUGUUGCAGAUGUGCCUGGGAGUGGUAUUGUAUCCCCUAAUGCAACAGAGUCAGAUAGUCUCAUUCCAGGUUCUGAGUCUGAGGAUUCUAAAACUGAUUAUCAAGACAAGAAUGAAUAUCUUACUGAUGCAAUGAUAGCUGAAAUGGAAGCCAGUAUUUACGGCUUGCAGAUUAUAAGGAAUAUUGAUCUUGAAGAGCUAAGAGAGCUUGGAUCUGGUACAUAUGGAACUGUUUAUCAUGGAAAAUGGCGGGGAACAGAUGUUGCCAUAAAGAGAAUUAAAAAGAGCUGCUUUGCUGGGAGAUCUUCAGAGCAAGAACGGUUGGCAAAAGAUUUCUGGAGAGAGGCACAGAUCUUGUCUAAUCUUCAUCAUCCAAAUGUCGUUGCUUUUUAUGGGGUAGUACCAGAUGGAACUGGAGGAACCUUGGCCACUGUAACUGAAUUUAUGGUUAAUGGAUCACUUAGGCGUGUCCUGCUUAAGAAGGAUAGAUCACUUGAUCAUCGUAAAAAACUUACUAUUGCCAUGGAUGCAGCUUUUGGCAUGGAAUACUUGCACUCAAAAAACAUCGUCCAUUUUGAUCUGAAAUGUGACAAUUUGUUGGUGAAUUUGAGGGAUCCACAGCGACCCAUAUGCAAGGUCGGAGAUUUUGGAUUGUCGAGAAUCAAGCGGAAUACACUGAUAUCAGGUGGUGUACGGGGAACACUCCCAUGGAUGGCACCUGAACUAUUGAGUGGUAGUAGUAGCCGGGUUUCUGAGAAGGUCGAUGUUUUCUCAUUUGGCAUUUCGAUGUGGGAAAUCUUGACUAGUGAGGAACCUUAUGCCGAUAUGCAUUGUGGUGCUAUUAUUGGGGGGAUCGUGAAGAAUACACUUCGACCAACUAUACCUGAACGCUGUGACCCUGACUGGAGGAAGCUGAUGGAAGAUUGUUGGUCACCAGAUCCUGAAGGUAGACCAUCAUUUACCGAGAUAACAAAAAGGCUGCGAUCUAUGUCAAUGGCACUUCAGGCAAAGGGACAGAAACAACCAAUCAAAGCAGCCGAAUGCUAAUGUUUCCUAAUGAAAGAUGUAAACUUGCUGCACUCUUCGGUUAAAGGGAAUGUUUCUGUAUCAUCAAUAGAAAAGUCCUUACGAUUGGGGAUCACAGCUUCUGAGGGUGAGCAUGGUUUCUUUUUCUUCCCACCUGUUUAUAGAAAUAUCUUUAUUUUUUAUUCUUUUGUUUAAAAGAAAAAGGCAAGGAUGACAACAAAAAAGAGAAAAAAAAAAAAAAAAAGGAAAAGAAAACAGCUAAGGUCAUAGUAAUAGGCGAUGAAGAGUGCAUUUACAGUUUUCUGAUCAUUUUACUAUGAUGUUUUUGUGGAAAAUUGGGUUUUAUUUGUAAUUUUUGUAAAUAUACACAUGUUAAAAUGGUGUCGUUAUGGAUGCAUGUAUCAUAUUAGUUUA